CCAUGAUAACAAAUAUCCGUCGUUCAGUUUCUUUGUUCUUAUCAAACCUUUUCUUCUCCCAUCAAAAUCGUCUAGAAGCCCUAAAACCACCCCACCCCACCGAUCGAUUUUGCUAACGUCUAGCCCUAAAACCACCCCCACCCCACCGAUCGACCGAUCGAUUUUGCUAACGUUCAUCGCCACCGCCAUCCAAUCCACCGCCUCCACUCUCUCCAUACCUUUACUCCUGUUGCUAUAAUUCCUUCUGUUCUUUUUCCUCUUUCCUUCAUCGCCACUGCCAUUCAAUCCACCGCCUCAUACUGUCUCCAUCUGAUCAUGAUGACGCAACCCGAACGAAAUAGAAGAAGGAUUUGGUAAAGGGUGGCUUGGAUUUGUAACCGGUCGGUAGUAACGAAAACGCACCGUAGCAGCAACGGCCGCCGCUGGAGGGGGUCUGCCAUUGCUCUCCAGUUAGGUGUCGCGAACAGUGAAGAAGAAGGGGGUGUUCGGUGGGUUUGCUUCCACAGUGGUUCAACGUGAACGGGGUUCGAUCAGUGGGAACAAAAGGUUUCCGAUGGGGCCAAAGAGAAGGAAACCGUGUGUGUAUUUAUUUUUACAUCUAUCUAUGUUCAUCUUUACCUGCAUACGAGAACAGAUUGGAAGUAGGUUAAAUUGGAGCAGAAACUAUGCAGCCAAAAACUUCCUUAACCAUUUCCUGUCAGUCUGUUUUUAUAAGCCUUCGUCCAUGUUUCUCUGUAUCUCUUUUAAGUUCUGGAAAUUGUACACAUAGGAGAAAAGAGGACCGGUAUCUCCACCUUCUCUUCCCGUUGCCGCCAUACUAAUAACAUUAGACAUUAAUAAUGUGUAAAUGAGACAACUUUGAUGAGAUGUCAACUUUUUUCCCGGAUGGUUCCUUACUAGACUUGGUUAUAUCCUAUGCCCGCCAACCGUUUGUUAAAAUGCUUGGAAAACAACACUAUGAUUUUGGCAUGAAUCAGAUUCUGAAAAGGGCCGCAUCCAUGGAGCUGUGUGGUGGUGUUUCCUUUGAAUAAGUUGCAGAAAAUGACAAUGUUGAAAGAGAUUAUAAUGCAUUAUGCAGCUGAAAGAAGUUACACGCAUCUGUUAAGAAGAACGCAGUUAGAAAAGGAAAGCAAACAAAGUCAAGUCCAUGUAAAGCAUCAUAUGAGAAAAAAAAGGAAUGUAUGAACUCGGCUUUCCAUCGAUGGUUUUGCUAUCCUAAGACUACUCUAAAUCCCUAUUAGUUCAUGUACACCUCAAUUUCUUCAAUUUCAUGAAGAGACAGGGGAAGUAAGAGAGCAUCAUGAGGAAGGAGGUAGCAAGAAGAUCUGGAAUUCAAACUCUCGGGACCUCCAAAGCAUUAGUUCAACAGGAUGAGGAUGAACAGAGUAUCUUGGCCAUUUUGCUGUGAAAAUCAUGUAAAAAGGCAACAAUUGAAGAAAACUCAGAAGUCGGCUUCAUAUUCUGUCUUUUGCAUUAAAAAAAAAUACUAUGAAACCGAUAUGUUUCACAUUUUAACAUAUCAAGGACCGUGUGCGUGCAGAAACUUAGAAGACAACCAUUUUACAGCAUCAGAGUUAUAUACAAGGCAUAGAAGAAAAGACGUUGAAUUCGGUGGUAGUUUUCACAAAGGUCGUGGGGAGCAUUUGAAGGUUAAACGACAAAUAGGAAUGCUGAAAAGUCGUAUCCGCCCAUGUGAUAUCACAAUAAAUAUUGGCAAUGCUUGCAUGAUUGGGGACAAUCCUUCGGAUGAUGCAAGACAUCCAUGUUUUUCAAUUUUGACAAGGAUAGGUGUUUUUAGAGGAAGAGAGAACUGCUCAGAUUAUCAUGUUUAUCGGGGCAGGUAGCAGAGUUUAUGUUGUCCGGAUUAAACGCAAUGAGCUUCUAUAUGCAGGAAUCCAGCACAAUCCGACUUUCGAGUUAUACCCGAUUAUAAAGCCUUGGCCCUUUCGAGGGUGGGCAAGGAGCUACGUUUUUUUUUAUUUAUCUAGCGUAAGUAGAACUAACAUAAGUGCAAUCUUCCGAGAAGAGAAGAAUGUUACCGAUCUAAAUAUUAUGCUCCUAAGCUUUUCAAGGUAAGAAAAUUUGUUAUAAUUCUAAUAGUGUGAAUCUGGUCAUUAAAUCUCCGUAUAGGGAGAUUGUUGUGCGAAUGUACAUUUUUAUUUUUUAUUCUUAUUUUUAUAGCAUACUGCAACACUUUGAUAUAUUUUCUUAUUAACACAUUGUCCUGUGGA